GUUCCAAACCUGUUUUUUAACAAUGCUCCACAUGCACUUUUCGUCCACCACAGCAUUCAGUUCUGGUAGUGUUAGCUUUGUUGAAAUGUUGUAGUUUACGCGUGUGCGUCGAGUUUUGUUUUGUAAUUGUUUUUUCGAAGCUUUUUUGGAUUUUAGUUGAUGUGUUAAAGCAGAAAAAAUGGCUGAUGAAGGAUCUGGUCGUGCUAGGGGUAAAGCUAGAGGAAGAGCUCGGGGACAACAAGCUGCUGGUGACCAGGCAACUAGGAGACCUGGAGGCGAACCAGUUCAAGAAAGAGCAGCUCCGGCUGCUGGACAUCCUGGGCCUAAUGGAGCUGGUGGGCGUAGAACACACAGGGGUGCACCGCGCGUCGAUCCUGUGGGUCCUGAACGUGUCGAAGCGAUAACGGAAGCCAUGGCUGCUGCUGCAGUGAGCUCAGAGAUGGGAGGUAGAGGACGCAGCCGAAGAGGCAUGGAUGGAGGUGAUGAUAAUACACGUCCCGCCCAUUGUCAGGACAAGAGAGGAUCAUCUGGUACUGGAAUAGCGCUCUACGCUAACUUUUUUGAAGUGUUGUCGAAACCUACUUGGUGUGUCUUUCAGUACCAUUGUGAGUUUUCUCCCGUAGUAGAGAGCUCGCGCAUGAGAAGGUCAUUUAUGCGAGAACAUAAAGAAAAGUUCGGAGACUGUUACAUUUUCGAUGGCAUGUCUGAUCUCAAAACUGUAACACAGCUUGGUGAGGGUGCUGAAUUCUUUUCUCAACGAAGAACGGACGGUGAGAACAUUCGUAUAACAGUAAAGCGUGUCGCUGAACUCGCUCCUAACCACCCUGAAUUGGGUAGAUUAUUCAAUACACAAAUGAGGAGGAAUUUACAACAUUUGAAGUUUCAACUGUUAGGUCGACAUUAUUUUGAUCAAAAUGCAGUGUCAGAUGUACAACAGUACAACUUGCAAAUAUGGCAGGGUGUCAUAACAAGUAUCAGACAGCAAGAAGAAAAAUUGAUGUUGUCUGUUGAGACUACUCAUAAGGUAGUAAGAAAAGAAACUGCUUUGGAGAUAAUAAAAAACAUAGUAAGUCAAGCCGGACCAGAGUACAAGGAAAUAGUAGCCAGAGAUUUAGUUGGAGCUAUAGUCAUGACAAGGUACAACAACAGGACUUACAGAAUUGAAGACAUAGAUUGGAAUCUGAAUCCAACUAAGACUUUCGAAUCAAAAGAAGGGCCGCUGGAAUAUGAAACAUACUAUAAACGGCAAUAUGAUAUAGAGAUAAGAGACAAAAAGCAACCACUUUUGUUUUGUACUUCAAAAGAACGUGAGGUUCAAAAAGGUGCAGUGGAGUCAAAGAAGAUAUAUCUUAUUCCCGAAUUAUGCUGCAUGACAGGGCUCACGGAUUCAAUGAGAAACAACUUCCAACUCAUGAAGGAGCUUGCGAAUCAUACUAAACUUGAUCCUGCCACUCGUGUGAGAAAUUUGAACACUUUCAUUCGUCGUGUUAAUCAAAAUGAAAAUGUUGCUAGUGAUAUGAAAGCAUGGGGUCUUAAAUUUGAUGAUAACUUAGUUAGAUUUCAAGGACGAGUUGUUCCUCCUGAAGAUAUCAUUAUGAGAGGUGGAAAGGCAUCUUACGAUCAAAAAUCUGGUGAUUUCACUAGAGAAAUGCGUGGUAAACCCAUGUACUCUUCAGUUAACUUAGAGAAUUGGGUUCUUAUUUGUACCAAAUUUGAUGAACCUAAAGCAAAUGAUUUCUUGUCCAACUUAUAUAAAGUAGGUCCACCAAUGGGGAUGAGAAUUUCACCACCUCAAGUUGUUGUUAUUCAAGUGGACAGAAUAAACAAUUUCCUUCAAGCAUAUCGAGAAAAUGUGCGCAGUGGAGCUCAAUUAGUUUGUUUUAUUGUUCCAAAUAACAAGAAAGAAAGAUAUGAUGCUUUGAAGAAACAUACCUACCUCGAUAACGCACUUGCUAGUCAAGUCAUUGUUGCAAGAACUUUAAGCAAGAAGCCAAUGUUGAUGUCAGUUGCUACAAAAGUUGCAGUUCAGAUGAAUUGUAAAUUGGGUGGAGAACCAUGGGCCAUGACCAUUCCAUUCAAAGUGCCUUUGAUGAUAAUAGGUUAUGACACCUAUCAUGACUCUUCAAAAAAAGGACGUUCUGCGGGUGCCUUUGUUGCUAGUUUAAAUCAGAACUGUACUAAGUGGUAUUCAAGAGUUUCCUUCCACUCUGCCGGAGGGUGGCAUGAACUGUCUGAUCAUUUGAAAGUAAACUUUACUGCUGCUCUUAAGAAAUUCUAUGAAAUAAACAAAACAGUGCCAGAGUUGAUCUUAUUCUACAGAGAUGGUGUUGGUGAUGGUCAAAUACGAUAUGUACGAGAAUGGGAAGUCAAACAAUUUGUUGGAGUCAUCAAUGAGACUAUUGGACAACAAAGAGGAACAAGGUAUGCUUUUAUUGUGGUUAAUAAGAGAGUGAAUGCAAAAUUCUUUGCUCAAGCUGGAAAUUCUUAUUCCAACCCCCCUCCAGGAACAGUAAUUGAUAAUACUGUUACACGACCCGAUCGGUAUGACUUUUUCCUAGUAUCACAAAGUGUUCGCCAAGGUACUGUUGGUCCAACUAUGUACAACGUUAUUGAAGAUACUAGUAAUUUGAAACCAGAGUAUAUUCAAAGAUUGUCUUACAAAAUGACCCAUUUGUAUUACAACUGUCAGGGCACCAUCAAAGUACCAGCUCCAUGCCAGUAUGCUCAUAAGCUGGCUUUCCUUGCUGGUCAGUCUCUUCAUCAAGCACCCAGAGAAGAACUCUCAGACACCUUGUACUAUUUGUAAAAGGUUCUGGUGCAUUGCAGUGCUGGAAGUUCAUUUACCAUUGUGUUAAGUUUUUUGUUUUUCAUUUGAAACAAAGGAACAUUUUCCAAAACAUCAUCAAGCUUUGAUGUUAUUUCCUAAUUUUUUUCAAAAUUUUGUGAAAGUGUCUUUUUAUAUAUUGCAUUUACAUAAACAGUCAUUUGGACGUUACAUUAAUGUAACCAGUCAUUUGUAGAAAGAAGAGUUAUUCUAUCAACAUGGUAACUUUUCCGAGCCAUUGUUAAUAAAAUAUUUUUAAAAA